AUAAUUUUACUUAAUGAUUAUGUUUCAUUUCAGUAUACUCCAACCUGUAUUUUGACAAGUGGAACACUUGCAAAGGAUUAUGAGAGUAUUCCUUUCCCUUGUAAAUGCAAAUGUCAGUGUCAACCACUCACAUGUUCAUGUAUCGUUGAUUCAAACAUAUUUUAUGCAAAUGGUUUACUGCCAGAGUAUUGCCUUGAGACCACAACUAAGCCAAUAAUAGAAUGUUCCAGUCUCUGCGCAUGCAAUCAGAGUUGUCCAAAUCGAAUAAUUCAACAAGGAAUAAAAUUCUCUCUGCAAGUUUUCAUGACUAAAUCAAAAGGAUUUGGUGUGAGAACAUUAGAAUUCAUACCCAAAUUGUCAUAUGUUUGUGAAUAUGCUGGAGAAAUUAUUGAUUCUUCAGAAAUGAAACACAGAAUGAACAAUAGAUUCUGUGAUGAAUCUAAUUAUAUAUAUGUUUUAAAAGAGCAUACAUCUGAGUCCAGAUUAUGUACAAUAAUUGACCCCACUGAAGUUGGAAAUGUGGGAAGAUAUCUGAACCAUUCAUGUAAUCCAAAUUUAGUUUCUGUUCCUAUUCGGGCCAAUAGUAUGAUUCCUAGAAUUUGUUUCUUUGCCAAAGGAGAUAUUUUGCCUCUACAAGAACUGACGUAUAAUUAUUCUGGAGAAUUUGAUGAAAAAGAAAGCAGUUUUAGUUCUACUAAGGUAAAUGCUUCCACAGAUGCUAGACAAAGGUGUUAUUGUUGCUCUCCUAGCUGUACUGGUUUCUUACCAUAUGAUAACAACUGGUUGUCUUGACACAUAGAAUGAUGUAUGCUAGUAUGAAGUGAAAUUUUUAAUAAAGUGAUUUUAUUGGCAAAA